AUGAAUGCAAUGCCAUGUAGCUCCUCCUCUUCUCCGCUUUAUGCUGGCGGCGUCGCACUAGGCCGUCGCGUCCUCCGAUGCCGGGGUCUUCUCCUCCUCCAUUCCGGGUUGUGUUCUUGGGGACUCCCGCUGCAUCAGCGGCUCAUUGCCAGCGGCGCGUCAGGAGGGCAGAAUCAGGGCUCCAUCCUCUCUCGUGGCUCCUCGCGGUCCUCUUCCCCUGUUGGCAAACAGUUUUCGGAGGAAGAAGAGGAGGAUGAUGACGACGACGACGACGACGAGGAAGCCGCGGAGGAAUAUGUUGACGGGUCGCUGGAGUUGUCGGAGGAGGAAGACGGAUUGGAGGCGGCAGCUACUGAUGCUGUGGGCGUAGGGGAUGGGGUGCGGGCGUAUAGAUUUGAAGAGCAUAAAUCGCAGCGAGCUGCGAGGCUCCUCGCCGAGGUGAAGGAGUUCGGCGAGGAGAUCAUAGAUUACAACGAGUUGGCGGGGAUUUACGAUUUUCCCUUGGACAAAUUUCAGGUGAGAUGUUCUCCAUGCAACUCCUCCUUUCUUGUUCCCGCGAAAAGUAUCUCCUUUCGGUACUUUAUUUUCAAGUCACUCUGUAAUUUUCAUGAAAUUGCGUUUGGCAACCCCUUGCUUCUCCAACAUGCUCUGGGAAAAAUGCCUUCUACUAAAAGCUCAAUGGACAAAUUUCAUGACUUCUGUAUCGUGGAAGAACCUUUGUAGACGUUCAAUGGUCGGCUAUUCAAUCUUCGUGUAUCAUGAAAUUCCGACUGAGACCUUUGGCCACAAUUCACAAUCAUUUCCUUUCGUUCAUAGCACCUAUUGUCAUUAAUUGAUGUGUUUUUAUGUUUUCCAAAAAAAAUCAUCAGUGAAAUAAUAAUUUUUUCAUUACUUCCUUUGAUGUACUUUUUUCUGAUGGUACUUAAAAUAUCAAUUAAUCUAUAAACUUUUCGUGGAAACCAUCAUAAUUGAUCGGAAACUUUUGAGAAUUUCACUCAGGAGGGAAACCAAUUAAUUGACUGCAUAUGCAAUUGUAAAGAUCUUUGACAACCUAGAAUUCAAGGAUACAUGUUAGUCCGCAUGAAGUUCUGGAAUUAUUAUAAUGGCGCUUUGUUUAUAUUCACAUUAAAGCAGGUGACACUAUGAAUUGACUAGUCAUGACUUCAUUGGUCAGCAUAGGUAGACCCUAUAGGAAUUUUUAGAUGUAUACUAUUCUUCUAUUAUUUUUUGUCCUUUGUCCUGAAUCAGUCUGCUGGUGUACAUCCAUAAUUUCAUAGUACAUUUUGGAACUCUAUACCCCCAUAAUGCUGUCUUGCGCAGGAAUUAAAGUGUAAGCUGCAUUAAUCCGAAUGGUCGAUGAAAUGCAUGUAUGGUGACUCUAAUUUCUAAUGUGCUACUCUAGCAUUAUCCAUUGGGCAGUGGUUGUACGCCAAUCUUAAAAUGUUUUUUUGUACAUUUUUUUUUAUAGCAAUCAGCUAUCCAGUCAUUUUUGGGAGGUUCAUCGGUCGUAGUUUCUGUGCCAACAAGCAGUGGAAAGACUCUAAUCGCAGAAUCUGCAGCAGUAGCUACAGUUGCAAAGGGUAGGAGACUCUUUUACACCACUCCAUUGAAGGCCUUGUCUAAUCAGAAGUAUCGAGAGUUUCGGUAAUGAAAUGGCUAUUACUUCCUUUGAAGUUAUACAGAAAAUUAUUUAAAUGAUAAUAUUAUGGUUUAUAUUUACUUUUAUGCGUGUUUUGACAUAUUCACCUUGUUUCGCAUUUGCCUCUUUACAGUUCUAUCCUGUUGUAUUUUUUUUCAUUGUGAAUUAUCAAUGUUAUAAUCUGUUUAUCAAUGGGAAUGUGAAAAACUCAUUCACGGUUCAAUGUUUGAUAAAUGAAGUAGAAAGUUAAUAGCAUCAACUGGAUAAAAUGUAGUGCAAGUGUUUCUAGAAAGAUGAUGUUGAAAGUUGGAAGAGCGGUGACUAAUGGAAUAAGUUAUGCAUGCAUGCCUUAUCCCCACUUAGUUUACAAAUCGUUCCAUGUGUUUUGAAUAAAAAAUCUCUUCUCAGGUUGUCCUACAAUAGGGAGUACUCUUGCCAGUUUCUCUUAGGAGGUACAACUCAUGACUUUCAGUUUAGUCUGGGAUCACAUUGCAAUGAUGAUGUAAUGGAUACUUCAGAUGGUCGAAUUGCAACCACGUAUCCUCUUUUCUUCUUGUAUUGUGGAAGGAAUGGUUCAUGGAGAGAUGGCAGACAUCUAGUGCAUUAGUUUCAUCCUCUCGCUUUGGGAAACUAAAGCUAUUGUUCCCUUGUAACCAUAAGGUAGAAGGGAAAUGUACCAGAUGGGAGGAUUGGGCUGUCCACCCACUUAUCCGAUUGAAGGGGGUUCAAUUAAGCUUACCAAAAUCUUCUUACGAUUCCUGGGGUAGUGCUGAAUAUCAUACCCUGGAAAAGUUCCUGGCUUUUAUGUGAUAUCUUUGAGUGUAGUACCCUAUGAUUUGUUGACUUAAUAAAAUGUUGUUACUACUGUCAAUUCGUUGUAGCACCAGACCUUGAUUUCUGUGACUUUAUAGGGUGAGGUCCAUUCUGAUCUCUUGAUUUUCGGAUAGCUGUGUAUUAUAUGCAAUUUCAAUGGCCGCAUGUCUCUUUGUGGUUAGCAAAGAUUUUGAUGAAUGCUUAUAUUGGAAGUCUGAAUGGUUAAUUCACUGUCUAUGGUUCAAAAAAGGGUUUGCAAUUUGCUAAUUUUCUUGAGCAUGGAAAGGAUAGUGAUUCUCUUAUAUCCCAUUCAUUUAUGGUCCGUAUGAAUAGUGACAGACCAAAUUAGAAUAAACAGUGGGGAAAAUUUUCCGUCAUAUCAAUUCAUAGAAUAAUUGCUGGUUAUAUACAAUUACCCCCUCCUCAAAAAGGAAAGCUGAAUUCCAUGGUUUAUAUGAUACUCAACCAAAUCAGAAAACUGACCAACUGUAUGAAACUGACCGACAACCUCACCCUUGGUUCUGUGUUUUUCCCCGCGGCAUGUUUGGCAUAAAAUCAAAUUGUGUUAGUAAAACUGUCCUACUCUAUGAAUUCAACUAGCCCUUGGAUGAAGUACUCAAUGCAAUGGCCAUAUUUAUACACAGUACCUUCUGCUGUCGUUUAGUGCGGCUGGAAUGGGAGUUAAAAAGGCAUUAUCUGAAUGUGGCACUGUCCUCUUUCCCACAAAAAGAAAAAAACAUAAUUGAUUCUGACGAUGUAGUCCAUUACAUGCGGGAAUCUUUUAUCUGGUAGAGUGUUCUCGUAGCUUGGUAAACUUUAAAGUGUUACAUUUGAUGAUGUGGUAACUUGGGUUCAUUAGGAGAAUACGUUUAAAAUGUCACUGUAUCACAUUACACAAAGAAUUGUGCCUUUCUCUUUAUUUGGUUCAGACUCUUCAGAUAUAAAGAUGCGAAAAUUAUCAAAAAGUUUCCAUUGGUAAUGAAUGAUGUGGAUUGAGUGACUUUAAGCAUAAUAGGAUUAUGUACUAUCAUCCCUUGGGAGAUCUAGUACUUAUCUUUAUUGAAUAACUUUUAAUUGUAUCUGUGCAUCUAAACUUUAGGAAGUUUUUCAUUCUUCUUUCCUUACUUUUCUCUCUGGGGAUGGGGAGCAUUAUUCUUUCACGUUUUUAAUGCAAUUCAACGUUUUGAUUUCAAAGAUUUUUUUAUGCUUUUCUAAGUAAGUUACGCUUUAAUUUCCUCUUUAUGAAGUACUUCAAUUCUCUCCUGUUAAAUACUAUCAUCCAUCUCCUUGGUUUUCUAUUGAUUAAACAUUUCGUGUUGGUAAUAAAAAAAGAUUACUCUUUACUUUACUUUGGGGCACACAUUAAGCUUAUGUAAAAGUAAUUUUUUCUUACGCUGUUGCUUAACCAUGCUUAUUAAAUUGUUUUCAGGGACACAUUUGGUGAAAAUAGUGUUGGUCUUCUAACUGGAGAUUCAGCUAUAAAUAAAGAUGCACAGAUAGUAAUAAUGACUACAGAAAUAUUGCGUAACAUGCUCUACCAAAGGUGAGUACAGAGGAUAUAUUUUACUUCACGAGUUUUUAUGUAUUUAUAAUUUAAAUAUCUGCUUUCCAACCGGAAGGUCAUGUGUACAUUUCUUCACUUUGUGAACCCCUUUUAUUCGCUGUUUCUUCCCUGGAAGUUCAUUUGCGUAAACUUCACCUAAUCCAAUUUAUAGUUUCAGUAACUAAGUUUCAAAGUCGGAGACGGACUUGAGACUAGCUAAAGACUACCCAUCUUUUGAAAUCUGAGUCUUGCUUUAUUUGAACUCAAAGAUUCUAAAAAGGUCAUUAGAAAUUCCAAAAUUUGAUCAGAAGCGAUCCUUUCCUCAAAGGGUGGUUUCGGUCAUUUAUUCCACUAGGUUCUAUGAGAACGAAUCUUGACACUUCAUGGUUAGAUAUCUGGGAGUUUACCAUUAAUAUUGUUUGCAGAGGAAGAUUAGGCAAAUAAGGAGAGUGCAAUGGGCUGUUCUGUGUCACUAAACAUGGUUAAGGAGGCCCUUACGAUGAGGAGGAAUUGCACUUUAAAGUGUGGGCAGUUGCCUUUCGUGAGGAGGUUGGUGUGAGCGUCAGACCUCAUGACCCGUGUUGGAAGCAUAUUUUCGUAUUAAAAUAGCAUUGAGCUGGUCUAAUGGACAGCUCAAUGGCCUUGUUGAAUAGGAAAGAUGGCAGAUUUCUGUGGGAUGCAAAUGUGUCAACUUGAACCGUCCCUGUUGUAUGCCUCCAUGAGUAUUGGGCGAUGGAAAAAAGGAAAAGAAGCCCAUUGCGAUUUGUGCCAGCUUAGGAAUAUUGACAGGUAGUCAGGAUGCCAUCUUCGGCUGCACGAAUUAUGCCUUUAAAGUGGGGAGAAGAAGUCACUAGGCAGCUGGAAAACCACUAUGAACAAGGCUACGCUCACCAGUGACGACAAUGAAGCGAAGGAAUUCUUUGCUAAUUGAAGAACUGCAACCCCCAACCUCCCAUCUCAAGAGAAAGAUGAAAACCCUUUGUUCAUUGCUGCAGGUGUGUUGAUGUUCACGCAACCAUCCAAAAUUCAGUCAAUAGAGCUAAGAGGUCUGUUGGAGAUAGAAGUUGGUCCCCACUGGAAACUCCAGCUUUGACAUCAUGUUAGAGUUAUUAGGUUAUCCAACUCUAACCUUGUUCAUUUUUCUAAUAACCAGUAUGGAACUAUUGGCUCCUAUUAGGCUGAACGACCCCAUUGACAUUACAAAUGUGACAAGGUCCAAAAGUUGAUUUGUACAAAUGUAAAGAAUUAUCUCGUAUUAAGGAUUGUAAAAAUAAAUUUAUGAUUUUAAAAAUGGGCCUACUCCACUAAUAGUCAGUUUUCUUUGUGACCCGAGUACUCAUAUAAAUGCUAUGCCCUUGUACUCGUAAUAUCUUCAUGGCUAAUGUUGACACUAUUCCACAAUAUCUUACUUCUAUAUGUGAAAGAUUUCUUUUUAUAACUCUGGAAUGUUUUUGAUUCCUUUAAUGAAGAUGUUCCAUGUUUAGAAGAAUUAGCAAAUUACGAUCCAAACUGAUCCAUUCUGAUUAGAGUCCAGGGUCUCUGGUUUAGUUGAUUAUCAUCCAGACCAGGUCUUCUCAAAGAUCCAGCCAAUCUUCACUCUUGCAUCUGGAGAAAGAGCCAUAUGUUGACUGACUAGUAAGAGGAAAUGCGAGACCAGUUGCAUAGAUGUUGGAAACCAUGUUUGAUGUUGGUGCUAUCUUUCCUAUGUGAACGUUCAGUUUCAAAAACUAUCUUGUAUCAAGGGUGGGAGACAAGGUUAAAAAUAUAUGGUGUCCCAAAACUCGUGCCUUAUUAUAUAUUAUCAUUCUCUCAGUUUUUGUUAAAAAUAUCUUAACUAAAAGUUUUUAUCACCGUAAAGGUUAUUUGAUGCAGCCUCAUUGGUUAUUUGGGUGAUCUGAUCGUGAUCCUGGUGUGGCCUAUUCCUGGUCAAACUCUCUCCACCCACCAUGGAAUGUUCAGAGAUGCUCAUGGUCAGUAUUUUAAGUCCAUGAUCUCACACUUGGAUAGGGCUAAUCUACUUUUGGCUCCCUUCCGAAGCUAGUUCGUCUGAGUAAUGCUCAUUAAGAAUGAGAAAGGAUUUGUAAUGAGGAAGUCAAAUUUAGCGCUAUUUAUGUAUGCACAGAGUUGCCCCCAUUUUGCACAAUUAUGCUAUAAAUAGGAUGUAUAAAUUAUUUUGAUUACGAGCUCAGAUUUCUUUUACUGGAUGAUUGAUUGUGCUAUCCAUAAUUUAUUUUCUUUACCUUUAAUAUAAAUAAUAUUUCAGACUCUAAUCCGAUGAAAAGUUCUAGACGACCGAUGUAACAACUGGUGAUCUUCUCAUUCUUUUUAUUGUAUAGUAUUGGAAUGAUUUCUUCUGGGAGUAGAUUAUUCGAAGUUGACGUGAUUGUGCUGGAUGAAGUACACUAUCUUAGUGACAUAUCCCGUGGUACUGUUUGGGAAGAAAUAGUAUGUAAUUUCUAAACUCUUGCUUAUGCUCGGCCUGUCCUGUCUCUAAUCUUUGCUACCAUGAAUAAUCUUUAUUCUUAUAAAAAUAGGUUAUCUAUUGCCCCAAGGAGGUUCAACUUAUAUGUCUUUCAGCAACAGUCGCAAAUCCUGAUGAGCUGGCUGGUUGGAUUGGGGAGGUAGCAUGCUUCUUUGAUUUAUAUCUACUCUAGAAAAAAAAGAAAUAUGUUUGAGCCAUUUUUCUUAGAGAAAGAAGACUAACUGCUCAGAAGUCUGAAAUUAAUUUGUUGUUUCCAUACAGGAUUAUUCAACCUUUGAUUUUCUAAAUCAUUAAUGCAAUGCAUACCAGUUUAUCGGAAAAGUUUGUUUGCUUGUAAUCAUGAAAGCCUUUUGCUUAAGCUAACAUCUUCACAUCCACAAUCUUAGUUCAAGUCAAGCUAGAGGUGGUGCUUUCUUUUCGCCUAUAUGGGAAAUGUUGACAUCACUGAAUGAAACGUCUUUGAUGCUGGAUUGAAAAGUUUUCUUACAUCCGCUUUUAAUGUUUUGACAAAGCUUUGAAGGAAAAGAAGCAAAUCAAUCCUCAUGCAACACGUCGACAUAUAUUAAUUACUCCAAUCUGCAAACUAUUUGAGUCAGUCUGGAAAGAGUUCCAAGAAGAAAAUUUAUAGUUUUAAUAUAUGCAAUAAUCUGCUCUCAUGCUCUGACUUAGGAGUCUUCAGUCCCUAGUGAUGGUUUAGGGGCAAACUGCUACAAUUUUGGUCAAACCUUCUAACGUCAGCCUGAAAAUAGUUACCUAGAUAACUAGCUUCGUCUUUGACUUUAACCAAAUCAAUGACCCUGUAACUUGGCAAUCACAUGAAGAAGAUGGUCAAGGACAUAUGUUAGUAGAAACUUCCCUACAAGUUUCGACUGCAUUUGGAUUUAAAUGGAUUUUUCACUCAUGGGCAUGUGAUAUUUUUUGUAACCAAUGAAUUGCCUUCUUGUUUAGUGUAUUCAGUCUAUUGGAAAGGAUAAUACUAAAAUGAUGGCUAUAUUUUCUGGGAUUUGAAAGCCUGUAGUUUAAAGUAUUGAUGCAAUGCUAAUAUCUCAUCUUAGAUCUUUUGUUAAGUCAAUUCUUUCACCUCUUGUUUUAUCAUGGACUGAAAGAUCUGAAUACUCGUAUCUUCUCGCUUGCCUAUAUUGUUGGCUCUUCACUGAUUUUUUUCGUUUUCUUUUAAUGUUUUUUUUAUCUAGAUCCAUGGCAGAACAGAGUUGGUAACAUCCAAGAAACGACCGGUUCCAUUGACUUGGCACUUUUCAUUGAAGAACUCCUUGUUACCGCUUCUGGACUCAAAGGGAAGAAAAAUGAACAGGUAUGUCACCCUAUUCGUGCCUUUUGCUUGGACAAUAAGUAUAGUGAUGAAAUCUCGUCAAAUUUCUUUGGUGUUUAUUUUUAAUAAUGGAUGUAGACAGAAAGGCCUUGUAGUCUAAAAGAAUAAAGAUAUUUAUCAGGAUUUGGUCCAUUAAACUUUUCCAUGAAUUCAUCCCAUAGUUUAUCGAAUGUGCUUUAUCCCAUAGACUUUCUAAUUGGUUUUAGUUUGAAAAGAUGUAAAUAGACUUCAUACUGUGGAAAAGCUUAUUGGUAUGAAAAUCGAACAAUUUCAGGACAGAAAAGUUAUUUAAUGUGUUCCAUCUUAUUGGUAUGAAAUAAGCUUUCAAUUAAAAAUUUAAUGUAUGGGCUUUGUCUCAUUGACUGCCAAAUGAGCUUUUAUCUCAUAGAUGAUCUUGGGUCUUUCAUUAACAUCCAAAUUUAUGCAUAGUUUUAUAUAUAAUAAAUAUAUGUUGAUUCAUGACAUCUUUUUUAAAAUCAAUUAAUCAGUGGUAUUCCUCGGUUAAAAUGAUAUAAUUAACAAAAACUUCAGUUAGUCAGAAGGAUCCUAAGACAAAUAACUCAUAAAUCCUUGAUCCAUCAAUGAGCAUAAAUGUAAGAAUAACAAUUUUGGUGUCUAGAAACGAACAAAAGAUAGCAAAUUAAAAGAAGAAACAUGAUGAAAAAGAUCACGUUACAAUAGAUACAUAGUGGUUGUAGGAAGUAAGAAAGUUUCAUAUUGGAUUUUGGAAUUGUGGAUAAUGCUACAUAAACUGUGAAGCAUGAGGUUAGUACGAUAAGUACCCAAGAUGUGUUAAUGGAUGCAGCAGCCACUUUCCACUGGGGUCAUUUGACUGGGAACCUAGAACAAAGGGAAGAAAGUGGAGGGUGAAAGAAUGGAGAAACUUCUGGACGUAGAGAUAGGCGGUUCUCUGGAGUUAAGGAGACAAUUGAACGAGGUUAUUGAAGGCACAAGUGCCAUGAAGGUACGCUGGACCACUAGUGCAGCAUCUUUGUGAGCCACAAACUUUCUCUUCUAUUUCCUUUUCUCCAGAUAAUAGGAAUAAGAUGAGUUGCAGACUUAUGAUUAACUCAUGUUUUGGAAUAAAAACUCUCAUUAUUCGUUAAAGCGUUAUUUUUUGUUGUGAAUCAGUCGUUUGACUACUAGUUUGAAUCCCUAAAGGUUAUAUGCGUGCUAAAAUCAUGAAGGUGGGUUCUGAGGUCCUCAGUUUCAGUCUCAAUUGGGUGGUUUUCAACUACUAGCUAGGAAACACAACUGAUACUUGUCUAUGAUGAAAUAUCAAUCUCUCGAGCAGGUUAGUGAAUAGAAAAAUAUUUAAACCUGUCUCCUAAGGUCAGUGUAUAGUUUUCAAUGUGAACAUUUAGUCUGACACGUAAUCAUUGAAGUUUUUUUAUAAAUCUAAACUGGAUGCCUUAAAAUUGCCUCACAAUUUCACUGUAUGCUGCACAGGAAAUUAUCACUUGAUUACUUACAGCUUUCUUCUUCACAAAUUGAACCCUACUGGGAUAGUUCAUUGAAAAAAAGAAAUUCUAGGAAGGAGAAAAAUGAGCAGAUCUACAAUGGAAUCGCAAAUAUCUCCAGACAGUCAGUGCUAUCAAAGAAUGACAUAAAUGCUAUGCGUCGUUCACAAGUAUGAUUCUGUAUCAUUCUACGCAUUCCAUCAUAUUUUUUCCUGUUUUUAAAUACGCCAUAUUUUUUUAUGAGUUUAAUGAAUGUGAAGGUGUUUUUUGUUGAAUUUAUUUUUCUUCAGACUCCUCUUAUUAGGGACACGUUGAGGCAACUUCAGGCAAAGGAUAUGCUCCCAGCCAUUUGGUUCAUCUUUAGCAGAAAAGGAUGUGAUGCAGCAGUUCAGUACGUUGAAGACUGCAAUCUUUUAGACCAGUGUGAAACGUGUGAAGUAGAACUAGCUUUGAAAAGAUUUAAAGUUAAGUACCCUGAUGCAGUAAGAGAGACCGCAGUAAAGGGUCUGUUGAAUGGGGUUGCAUCUCAUCAUGCUGGUUGCUUGCCUCUUUGGAAGUCUUUUAUUGAAGAUCUUUUCCAGCAAGGGCUUCUCAAGGUUGUUUUUGCUACUGAAACACUUGCUGCAGGAAUAAAUAUGCCUGCAAGGGCUGCUGUUAUUGGGUCCCUUAGUAAAAGGAAAGAGUCUGGACGCUCACUUUUAAGCCCAAAUGAACUCCAUCAGAUGGCUGGGAGAGCAGGUCGUAGAGGUAUUGAUGAAAAGGGUCACGUUGUUCUCGUCCAGACUCCUUAUGAAGGGGCUGAAGAAUGCUUUGAGCUACUAUGUGCGAGUCUUGAACCUCUUGUUUCACAAUUCAGUGCUUCGUAUGGAAUGGUUUUGAAUCUACUUGCAGUAUGUAUCAUAUCUGAUAUUUGUCUCUUCAGAUCCUUGCCUAUUAUUUAUGUGACUCUUAAUAUUUGUAAAAUUGUGGUGCAGGGUGAGAAAGUUACUAGCCGAAUGAAGGAAUCAGAGGUGAGAACUCUUUCUUCAGGGCGAACGCUUGAUGAAGCUCGUAAACUAAUAGAGAAAAGUUUUGGUAACUAUGUUGGAAGUAAUGUAAUGAUCUCUGCAAAGGAGGAGCUUGGAAAAAUUCAACAGGAAAUAGAGUUUCUGUCUUCAGAAGUCAGUGAUGCGUCUAUUGAUAGAAAAUGCAGAGACCAGUUAUCAGAGACAGAAUACAGCGAGAUCUCUAGCCUUCAGGAGGAACUACGAGUACUGCCCUGCUACUUUGAUUUUAACUCUUAAUGCCUUAAUGCUAUUAUGGCUUCUAAUGCACUUGGAUUGAUGUUAUUGUUCCACUUUUACCUUAAUGCUACACGUUCUUAUUGAAUCCAUUUUUCUGUACGUUGUUUGCUUUUAAAAAGGAUCUAUUACGUAUUCAGUUCUUGACUUGUGAGAAAGGUUCAUUGAUACGUGGUUGAUUAUUUUACUCACUGGAAAAUGCUUAAUAUUUGUUAGAAAUAUUUUUUCCAUUUACUGCUUCAUCCUUUAUUUUCCUGUCCAUCGUACCUUUGUAACAGAACAAUAGCCUGAACCGGUUGAAAUUGAACCGAUCCGGUUUACCCUCUCCCAUUUCAUAACAGCUGGUCGGUAUAAAUACCAACCAGCAUGUAAGCAUUUGAGAGUGAUGAAAUUUAGGGCGUCGGCCUUCUUCUUUUUCGUGUCUCUCUCUCGUGUUCACUGCUGGCGCAGACAAGGAAGGGAGGCAUUCGGAGAUGAUCAAAGUCCAACACGAUUUCUAGCAAUAUUGUACUCACCAAAAAAUGAAUAAGUAACAAAUAAGGUCGUGUGAUUAGGAAAGCGAUAGCCAUUGCCUCAUUAGUCCUGGUUCUCUCGAGUCCCCAUCUAGCAUGGAAAAAUCUUAUUGGGUGAUUGGUUUCCAUAAUGACAUUAUUGGCAUAAUGCAGAGACAUCAUAGAAAAGAUAACUGCAAGCGGAAUUUAGAUAAAUCUUCUUAAAAGUAAGUAUUGGUAGGCCAUGAUCUACUGUUAAUUAGAUGGUUGGCCGCAUGGGGAGUACAAGCCUACUACCUAAGAAAUAAACGAUGAGUUGGAUCUUUGAACAAUGCUUUUGCGCUGUAGACUAAGUACAACCUUGAUGCACCAUUUUAUAAGCAUUUCUGUACGUGGGAGCCAGACCUGAAUUUGUUUUGUUCUGAAAGCUGAUAAUGUUUGGUGACCAAGUGAAUAACCUUGAAAGGAGGUUCUGAAUCGAUUUUAUAUCAAUAUUGACUUGUGUAAGUCACAAAGGUUGGACUGAUCAAUCUAGUUAUAAAUGUGGCGACUUUCUAGGCGCAUCUUCUUUUUGGGGCAAUAUUCUCGUACUCCAUGAUCAAUUCUCUUAUAUUUUGGGUUAUUAAGGCUAGAUUUUCUUCUUUGAACCCAGAUAUUCAUCUUUUUAAUAAUUUAGGUGGUAGCUUGAAGUAUUGGAUAGAACAAUAUUUGGGAGAGGAAUAUGUCAUAAACUGCAGUAGAUAUUCAUCUUGCUUUUAUCACCAAUUUACCGACCCUAUUGAUGUGAUAAACUAAGGAUUACUUGGUCAAAAUAUGGUAUCUAUUUAACACAUUUAACGUACUCUUAUUGUCUUGGUGUUUUGGAAUCAUAUUUUCACCUCUAGAAGGUUAUGGUUUCCAUAUUUGUUUAGAAUUCCUGGUAUGUUUUCAGGAAUGAUGAGUGAAUAUCCCAGGCAAUCCUUCCAAUAGUUAAUUAUUUUCAUUUUUUUGAAUGAUUAUUCUCCAGAUCAGCUUACUGAUCACCUUAUUUUCGUUCAUUCAUCACCUAAAAUGAUUGGUGAAAGUCUAAUUUCAAUUCCAGUUUCAAAUAAUAAACUGUCAUUUUUUGUUCUCAGGUGGAAAAGAAAGUACGUGCUGAAUUGCGGAGAAGGAUGGAGUUAGAAAGGAUGAUUGGGUGGAAACCUGUACUCGAAAGCUUGGAAAGUGGCAACCUACCUUUCAUUUGUUUGCAGUACAAGGAUAAUGAAGCGGUCCAACAACUUGUUUCUGCUGUUUACAUUGGGAAAGUUGACGCUUUUCCUGUUUCUGAAAGUACGAAUAUGGUAAGAAUCAGAACAGUCUGCGUGUCUUUCUAGUUUGCCUUUGUUCUCCGGCCUUUAUGUCCAGCAUGACUGAUGUAGCCUGGGCAUCAGAAUAACUAUGAUCUUUGAAUUAUAGAAAUGAAAGGUACCAUUGUUAAUUCUUCCAGAGUAUGAUUAUAUUAUGUGAUUACUACUGAACCAACUUGCUGUAUGUUCUGCAGAGGAAGGAUUCAGGGUGGGCCAUGAAUCCUGAAUAAUAAAUUUAUCAACAUAAUUCCUAUACUUGCUAUCCUGAAUCCUUCCUCUGCAGGACAUAAUUCCUAUAUGUUAUGCAAGUAUAGGAAUUAUGUUGAUAAAUUUAUUUUUCUGGAUUCUUUCAUAAAUACUGUGUUUAUAUCUGUCUUACUCUUUCUUGUUUAUUAUAAUUUUAGAACAAUGAAUACCAGGCCCUCUUUUGUAUUGCUGUAUAGCGUUUCAAAAUUGUACUUCACUGUUGUGUUAGGAUUUACUGAGAUUAGAAUGUUUCUUUAGGGAUAAAAGAAGGCUAUUAGAGAUGGAGAUGUAAUCUAGACUUCUGUUAGAGAACCUUUGUGAAAUGUGCUCAAGGCUGCCUUCUCAAGGCCAGCCCUCUGAAGGGUCACUGGAGUUAAACCAUGGAGCGCUUGGAAAAUGGAAUGGGGCUAACAGACUAUGAGCCGCAUGAUGCUUCGUUCACACAAAAUAGUGGCGGUGAAUGCUCGGAGAAUGAGCGAAAUAUAGUUUUCUUUACAUCAGAGAACACAAUCAUCAACUCUUUCUACAUUUCUAAAUUUUUUUUAGUCGUGAAGGCACAGCACAGCUCUUUCUUUCUAACUUUGCCAAGGCUUAUGCUGACCAUAGUUGGUCGGAGUAAGUCUUUAUGUACCUUAUGUGAUGUGAAAUAUCACAUCUCUGUCGUUGUUUUCGCUCUGCAUGUGUGUCAUGAGUCUCAGACAAUGAGGGGCAUAAAAAAAAUCUCAAAAAAGACACGGGAAAAGUAGAAGUGAAGAAAAGGGCACAGUCUUCCAGCUAAGAGAGGCAGAAAACUACUUGAAGUCACCAGGAAAUAACUGGGUCGGAAUGUUCGCCGAGAUGUACUGCGGCAAUAAGCAGAAGAAAGGUCUGGAAUUGAAAAAAGAAACUAAUUUGGGCUCCCGCCAGACUCUUUUUUCAAGACAUUGGAAUCCAAAUUCUCAUAGUCUCUCCUGGUCCACACAAAAUCACUGAUUUUAAUUGAUUUCCAGGAGUGAUUGUUAUUGUGUAAGAUUCAUUUUUCUUUAGAAAGAAUAGUCCAGCAAACUGAAGACUAGAAGAACCAAAUGAAAGUACAGAUGCCAGAUGAUUUCAAUCAUCCUUUCAAUUUUAUCUUCUCCAUUUUAUGUCUUGCCAAUAACUUUCCCUUGUCAGCGAAAUCCAUUUCAAGCAUAGUUUCUUUCAGUUGUUCCUUAGAUACCCUCUUGAAUGCUUUUAAUCCUGACUAUUUAUCCUGGUGUCGUGUGACAGGUGUAUUUUGAUACUCCGUCACUGAAUAACAAGGGAGAAAAGCGAGAUUUUGAAGACAAAGCAGCGGACAGUAGGCCUUCAUGUUAUGUGGCAUUAGGUUCAGAUAACACUUGGUACCUUUUUACAGAAAAGUGGAUUAAGAUGUUGUACAAGACUGGAUUUCCCAAUGUCUCUCUAUCUCAAGGGGAUGUCUUACCUCUUGAUUCCUUGAAGGAACUCUUCAUGAAGGAAACCAUGCAGUGGGAGAAACUUGCCGACUCUGAAUUUGGGCCCCUCUGGUCUAUGGUUGGAUCUCUUGAAACAUGGUCGUGGAGUCUCAAUGUCCCAGUUCUGAGUAGCCUAUCAGAAGAUGAUGAGGUAUAUAAUGCUUUAAUUGUAAAAGAGCCUUUCAAUCACUAAUUCACAUGAAUCAUAUUCGCAUUAAAUGAAUUUUUGUUUCCCAUGCAAUCAAAGGCUUUGUCAAACUUCCUGAUGUAAUAUAGUUUUAUUCAUUGACUUAUUUCAUGUACUUCUGCAGGAACAAAAUCACAUGACACCGAUUGGACGAUUAAUUACUAUAUAUCUUGAUGAUUUUAAACUCAUAAACAUUAGAAAAAUUCCAGAAUUAGUUAAUUUUCAUAGAGGUUUCUCUCAUUGUAUCCAUGAAGCAUUUUCUGAAUUCUGAACUGCUAAAAACACAUUUUACAUCAACUCGACUUUUGUUUCUUCUCUUUGCUGUAAGUUGGUAGUUAUUCUUUUUAUCAUAUCAAAAAUUUUGUUAUUAAUUUGAUGUUUGAGAUCAUUUGAGUUUUAAUUUUCCUUGUUCUUAGAUGAAACCAUGGUCUCCGGCAUACCAAUCUGCUGUGGAGUGUUACAGAGAACAAAAAAGCAAGGUAUCACGUUUGAAGAAAAAAAUCAAAAAUGCCAAAGGUUUCAAAGAAUUUAAGAAGAUUAUAGAUCAAGUUAAUUUUACAAAGGAAAAGAUCGAGAGAUUGGAUGCUAGGUCAAAACGCUUAGUCAGGAGAAUUGAACAAAUUGAACCUUCUGGUUGGAAGGAGUUUCUGCAGGUAUCUUCCCUUGCUUCGUUUUCUGUUGUCUCGUUUACGAAGAUUUUUCAUCCCUACAUCAUAUCGCCUGCCAAUGUAACUCACAGGUUUUCCCUAGUGCGUUAUUUUGGUGAUUCAUCAGAUGUAGAAUGACAAAAAAAGUUUAGCGAAGAGGAUAUGCGAAGUAAAUAUCACAGUGUGACUAAUGAAAUUACACUUUGUUCUAUAGGACUCAAUCUAGUAAAGAUUGAUACAAUGCAACAGGAGCCAGCAGAAACCUAAUUUUCCCCAUGAAAAUUUGGGGGCAAAUCGUAUGUGCAAGUAGAUGUAACUCCACUGUCAUGUUUAGCAACAUUGACGAACAAAUUCACUGUGCAGGAGAUUAUUUAUGGCGGUGGCUUGUGUUACUAUUUAUUUCUACGUUUGUCUAAAUGGUUUAUCAAAUUCUUCAAAAUAUCCGAUUUUGAAGAAUUAUCGUUAAAAAGAGCACCUGCUACCAUUUAUCUCAUUAGAAGAGGUGAUACUGGUUGUUUCGAAAUAUCUAUUCUCUUUGAAAAUGUUGCGGAUAAGACAUUUAUCUGAAUUUAUGGCAUGUCUCAAUGUCGCAAAUUUACAAGUCUUACCAGGUUGUGUCUGGCUCUAUUUACCAUGAAUAGAGAUGUCCUAAGGAUCAAACUCAGUAUUAGUACAGUUGUUAUCUUCAAAUUUAACAUAUAUUUAUGUAUCGAGAUUUUGCCUUAUUCUGUCCUAGAAACUAGAGGUGAUGAUGUUUUAUCAUAUUUUUGAAAGAUAUGUGCAGUUCAUGAUUUUAAGGAAUUUUCAGUUCUAGCUACAUUUUCAAUUUUUGAUUCGAUUUUGAUUGUUAAUAUAGCAUACUCAGAUUUACAUCCCAUCUUCUUCUGAACCUAUUUACAAGUUAGCCUUUUCAAAUAUCUUCGAGAGAAUAUCUAAUUAUUAAGGGUUGUAAUACAAGUCUAGCAGAUUUGAAGUGCGUGAGAAUUUUCUGUGCAAUAAUAGGGUGUCUUAUGGAUUUAGAGAUUCUUGAAUGUUUAAUACGCGUCCCAUUACUGAUUAACCUUUAAUAACUUGACGAAUUUUGAAUUUCUUUGAUCUUUAUUACAUAUCUUCUUUUACAUCAUUGAACGUACUAAAAGUUAAUUCUGAAUAAAAUGUCAAAAGGCAGUGUCAAUAAUUACAUUAAAGAUUAGAAAAAUGGCAUCGCCUCAGAAUUUCUGGAGACCAUUGACGGAUUAUAGGUUACAGAGAGUAAGUAGAAGGCUUCUUAUUGAACAAACUAAAUAUUUUAUAACUCUACUAUUAGCUGUCUCUGUUUUACGGAUGUAAUUUGCAUAAACAAAGUUAUUUUGUUUCUGACAUCCUAUUGACAAAAAAUUUUGCUAACCACAGUAACUUAGCUGUCCAUUAAUCUAUUUUCUGCAUGUCAUUUAUAAUGUUCUUUGCUUAUGCAUUUAUUCUCUAUAAGAUUCCAGUGGGAAAUAGCUGAUUACACUCUAAGCUGUAUGCUAAUACCUUGCGUCUACCAGAUCAGUAAUGUGGUACAGGAAGCUAGAGCCUUGGAUAUCAACUCCCACAUUAUAUAUCCUCUGGGUGAAACAGCAGCAGCAAUCCGUGGAGAAAAUGAGCUAUGGUUUGCCAUGGUUCUGAGGAAUAAAUUAUUGUGUGAGUUGAAGCCACCACAGCUUGCUUCCGUCUGUGGUAGUUUGGUCUCUGAGGGAAUCAAAAUUCGUCCUUGGAAAAAUAAUAGGUGAGAUAUAUAUAUAUAGAUAGAUAUAUACGUCUACAAUUUUCGUUUUUGUCAAAUUAUUUCGUAGAUUAUCGUAUUAUUAUUUCCCAUUCCUUUGUUCAUAAAGGGAAAUGUCUGAAGAUCGUAAUUAUUUUAAAUUAAGAUGAUAAAUUUUAUUAUGACAGUAUUUACGAUAUGGCCUGUAUCUCAGCAGAGAGAUCAAUGGACAAAUUUAGUUUGCCCAUAUCUAAAAAGAUGUUUUUUUUUUGUCUGAAAACUGUUUUUCUUUUGUGCUUAGUUUUAUGGAUAUCUGAAUAUCCAUGUCAGAGCUGAUGGCUUCCAUAAGGAUGUGCACUAUAUCAAACCUUUUAUUAUUUCUAAAAUAAAUUAAUUUAUGUGAAAAAUAAUUUUAAAAUUUAGGAUAGUGACUCAACAUGUACACUAGUCCACCCUACAAGCUUAGGUCAAUGUCUGUCCCUUGCCAAGAGCACUCUGCUUUAGCCUGAUUUUCACAUAAAGAUUGCAGUUUUGACUAAUCAAUUUCAUGAAGGAAAGAAGAUCUUACUACCCUUCUUUUUUUCUUCUGCCCCCCUCACAUGUAGCUAUAUUUAUGAACCGUCCACCACUGUGCUUAAUGCCAUACAAUAUCUGGAGGAGCAGAGGAUUGCACUACUGCAGCUCCAAGAUAAACACGGCGUGCAGGUCAACAUCUGUUGGACUUAACCUGCGGUUUUAAUAAGCUAGCAAAAAAAAAAACAUGCGGGUAACUUAUCUUGUUUUCUUUUACAGAUACCUUGUGUAUUGGAUGCACAGUUUUCAGGAAUGGUCGAAGCCUGGGCGUCCGGGUUGACUUGGAAAGAAAUAAUGAUGGAUUGUGCCAUGGAUGACGGAGAUUUGGCUCGUCUUUUACGUCGGACAAUUGAUUUAUUAGCUCAGGUACAUUAUCCUCAUCUGUAAUAUAAUAAUGCAAUUUUUUGACGUCUAAUGAUCUUGAAAAGUAUGAAUCUGGUUUUGAGUUAUUGCGUAUGAUUCUUGAUCUCUUGAUUAUGUUGUAGAACCAUGCUCACUGAUGCGUUGACUUUUUAUAUUGAUAUUUUCAUUUAUACAGCCAUGCUUCAGUAAAUACGAGCCAAAAUACUCGUUGAUCUGUUGUGAGGCCCAAAAAGUGGAGUGAUUUUUUGUUUCUCGGUGUGGAGAAUUUCUUGGUUUUGUGAUGCGCAUGCAUCACAAAGGGCAAGGAUUUUAAUUUCCUAGAAUCUUGGAAUGAGUUGCAAUAUUAACAUCCAUAUGAUGAAUAAAUAGGACCAGUUAAACCGAAAAAGUCAACGCCUGAUUCUGUUAAGCAGCAGCCCUCUUGGCUUCCUCCUCCCAUCCCUAACGUCACAAUUUUUCUUUUUCUUUUUUUUUCUCUUUUUUUUUUUUGCAGAUACCUAAGCUGCCAAAUAUCGAUCCACAGUUGCAGAAGAAUGCCAUGGCCGCAUCCAGUGUCAUGGACAGGGCCCCGAUAAGUGAACUGGUCGGAUGA